AUGAACAAAGAUUGGUGGAAUUCGGAAUCUCAACGCAUGGGAUACGUCGUCUCGUGCCUCAAAGGUAAAGCACACGAUCAAGUCAGCUACAACAUAAAAAAUGGCGUGGUCCUCUUUGACAACGUCAACGCUGUUAAAAACGUCCUCCAGUCAGCGUUCGGAGACAUUGACGCCAAAGCCACCGCUCAACUCAAGAUCUUUGUGUUGGAACAUCGGCGCCAGGAUCCCGCGGGCGCGAGCAGGAUGGUCAGUGCGGCCGGUGCUGGCAGGGGGACUCCUCCCGGCUGCUCCUCGACCCUCGAUCCCCUCGCAGUUCUAUCGUUACGACCGAGAAUCCCUCUUCCAGAGGCUACAGACGCCGCCGCUGCCUUGGGAGCUGCCAUGGAAGACACAGUCAUGGCGCCAAGCCUGGCACCCCUUCCGAUCCCCCUAAAGAUCUGGGACAGCGUUGAUCCACCAACCUGGGGAAAGAUCAGCGCUUUUGAUCCCACCGAUCUGGAUAACACCCCGGAGCAAAUUGGAUCGAUAAUCGGCUACCUUAUAGAGUGCUAUAAGCGACGGCAUCUAUUUGGCCAACUCCUAUGGGAGGAGAUCAACAGCGACUUUGAAGAAUGGGAGGCAGAAACGUUUAUGCUUGCCCCCAACUCUAUUAUCAGGUACCUCCGCGAAUACCUGCUUUGCCAAGGCGUCUUCGUGGCUACCGACGGUAACAGGAUUGCAAACAACGUAUACGAGGCAGUGAAGAGAGGGAACUUCCGAACAUGGACAAAUGCAGAGAUGACCGAGGUUGCUGGCAAGAACAGUACUUUCCGGGAGAAUCUCGCCGAUCCCGAUUUCUUCAGCGACAUCAGCACUCCAAUACGGCCUUACAUACCUCCAUCUGCAACUACCCCUGUUUCUAUCCGUCAAAGUCCUGCUAUUAGCCAUCAAGGCCACAGCAGCGGGUAUCAGGAUCGACCGCCAGUCCCUGCAGUCACCCACAGACAUACGCCACCUACAGUCAUCCCCGGUCACAUGCCAUCCCCGAAGCAGCUCACAGACCUCACUAAGCUGUACACCGACGAUAUGAAGUAUGGAGGCGGGAUGUACGACAUCCUUGAAUCCAAACUCUUGAUCUUCAGGGAUAACUGCCAUAAAGCUGGCAUCCCUCACGCCCUUUUCGCUGGCGCCUUCUCCAUUAUGUUGAAGACCAAGGCUCUACAGUUUUACUUCGCUCGCCUGUGUAACGUCACGCCUUCCCCUGACUUCCACACUAUGGUCAGCCGCGUCAAACAACACUUUGAGACCGAGGAGUCACGUCAGGUCUACCUGGCGGAGUGGCGGAAUACAACCUUCCUCCACAUCAUCCACGAGAACCCUGACAAAACCAAAAUGGAGUGCCUGGACCUCUUGCUCGAGACACUGAUGAAGCUUCGAUCAGCCAUCGGAACAGCUACGCAGUCAACGAACCAGCAGUCCAAUGCCAGUGACCAGUACUGGACCGACCGCACCUACAGGGGCCAUGGCCGCGAGUCACGAUUCGGUCAGCGCCAACGGUCACACUCUGGCAUCAGGCCUGGCAGCUCUUCUUCAUGGAGACCACCUGGCAGCGUAUCUACAUCAUCACCACGGCCCACGCUGCCUGCCACCCCUAAGAAGUGCUAUGUCUGCAGGAAAUCUGGAUGCUGGUCGACAAAGCAUUCGAACGACGAACGCCGACGCGCGUAUGACAGCUUCAGAGGCAAGUACCAAUACACCCAGGACACGUCGAUGCCCUCGUUCAACCACUUUCUCGCCUGGCAUGAAGGCAUUGAGGGCAUGGACAGAGACGAAAACGAUAACGACGACCCGGACGCCCAGUACUUCCAAGCCUUGGGAAUCGCCGAUGACCAGUAUGGGGCGCUGCCUAGAGAGGAGAGUGAUGAAAGUCAGGAGUUCAUGACUUCCUACUUUACAGGCCCCGUGAACGGUCCGAAGAUCGUCGCUGGCCUCGCAGACCAGGCUGUUGCACAUGCCUUAACGAAGGAGGAUCUCCACGGCCAACAGCUGCCGGACGACGCUGCGUCAGUCUUCUCCCUUGAAGGCCGCUAUUCAUCACGCGGUUUCCAAGGGAUCAUGCCAGAUACAGGCGCAGCAGGAUUCUCAACCGCAGGCCACCCGCAGUUCGUCGCCCUGCAGCGUGAAGUCCCCGUUACACUGGACACAUCAACAGCGGGAGAUGCGAAGAUCCGCUUCGGCGGAGGGGAUCCCAUCGACUCUAUUGGUACAACGGUUGUAUCUACCGUCUUCGGCAAGAUGUCUUUCCACGUCAUCCCCACGGACACCCCUUUCCUGCUCUGCCUCGAGGACAUGGACCGGAUGGGCAUCCAGUUUGAUAAUAUCCGGAAUGUCCUCCGUCAAGGCACCAUGACCGUACCUGUCAUCAGGAAAUGGGGUCAUCAGUGGAUGCUCUUGCAACCCGAGCGAUCCCUCGCCUGGAACCACCUCACAGACGUUGAAUUACGGCGACUCCAUCGCCGCUUCGGUCACCCAUCUGUUCAACGGCUACACCGCGUGCUACAGCUGUCCGGGCAUCCAGUUGAACUGACCGCUCUGGAGGAGCUGACGAAGAUCUGCCGGCACUGCCAACUCCACGCAGGUCGACCUACGCGCUUCAAAUUCACUCUGCGUGACGACCACGAGUUCAACUACGAAGUCAUCGUCGACAUAAUGUACCUCGAGGGCAAUAAGCCUGUCCUGCACGUCGUUGAUUCAGCCACUUCCUUCAACGCAGCCCGCUUCCUGAAGGACAUCUCAGCAAAACAGACGUGGGAUACACUGCGGCUGUGCUGGAUCGACGUCUACCAGGGACCCCCUGACUGGAUCGUGACCGACGCGGGUAAGAACUUCCAUUCUGCCGUGUUCAAGCAGUCCGCCAGAUCCAUGGCUAUCUCGGUGAAGGAGAUGCCCAUCGAGGCCCACAACAGCGUUGGUAAGGUGGAGAGAUACCACGCACCUCUGCGCAGAGCGUACGAUAUCAUCCGCUCCGAAGACCCCUCGACGAGCCCAGAGCUGGCCCUGAAAAUGGCCGUUAAGAGCAUUAACGACACAGCCGGUCCUAACGGCCUCGUGCCUACUCUUCUGGUCUUCGGGUCCUACCCUCGUAUGACGGACGAUUCUGCGCCAUCACCCACGACUACCCAACGCGUUGAAGCAGUACGCAAGGCCACCGCGGAGAUCCGACGCCUCCACGCGCGACGUCAAGUGACCGAGGCUCUCGCCACCCGGAACGGCCCUGACACGACACCAACGCUGGCACUGCCGCUGCAGUCCCUGGUGCGUGUGUGGCGCGAGAAACAAGGCUGGCAGGGACCCUUCAAGCUCCUCGCCACCAAGGGAGAGACCUGUACCCUUGACCUGCCGCAGGGACCUAGAGAUUUCCGCUCUACCGUCAUCAAGCCAUUUUACGAAGAUUCCGAUGAAGCGCCUGAAGCGCCACCCUGCGGAGAUGCCGACAAUGCGAUCCAACCUGUCAUCGUAGUCGCGCCAGAGCAAACCGCUACCGAGCAGCCACAACCUGCGAAGCGUCGUCCUGGGCGCCCCCGCAAGAACCCACCACUGACCAUGAACAUGACUGAGACAGAUGUCUGCCUGCCUGCCCAAUACUACUACUUGGUAUUUAUAUCAAGCAAGGAAGAAGCGGACCAUGAUCUGGCAAAGAAGCUGCGCGACGAAGGCAUCCUGACCGCCCCUGGCGAGCCGUUCGAACAGUCAACCAAGGAGGAGAUCGACAGCCUUAUCGGACGAGGCGUCUUCGAGUUCACCCAGUUCGACCCUGCGAGGCACGCGGGCGUCCGCAUCUUUAAGUCACGCAUAGUCAACGAGGUCAAAGGCAAGGCGACAGGUACCCCCUAUGAAAAAUCGAGGCUUGUCAUCCAAGGAUACGCAGAUGACGGCAAAGAAGUCAUCUUGACCCAGGCUCCCACGAUCCAACGAGCCAGCCAACGCCUUAUCCUGGCAAUCGCUCCCUCCUUACUGCUAACUGGGAAGACCCUAUGGCUGCGAGAUAUCACCUAG